GCAUGACUCGUGCGUAGGUGGCCGAGAGCGCGCCCGGCUGGUCGUCACUGAGCGAAAGGAAUAGUGUGAGUGGACGUUGUCUGGACGAGCCGACACCGCAAAGAAAAAGACGAAGCAACACCCAGCAACCAGGUGGACAAGCAGCUUCUGAAGCCGUCUUGCCUCCUUUCUUCAGCCACAACCGACCAACUCUUUUAUUCUCAUUAAAUAUGUCUAAUAUCGUCUGCUGUCAAACGCCACAGGUUAUAAUGUACGACCAACACAGAAUAAGUACAGCUCUAUAGCCAACGGGUACACGAGGACUUGAUUACAGUCACUUCAAGCCUGAUAGUUUGCCGGGGGUGGAAGCCCUCCCUCUCCCUUCUGCAGCCGCCCGUGUUGUCAAUUGGCAUUUCUUCUGACAACUUUCCCAUCCCGCCGCUCGGGUGAAGACGACUGGAGUUUCCCUAGAAUCUCUUGUCUGCGUGACCUAUUUGACCUUCAGCUCCUGUUCUACUCUUGUAGUGACGCUUCCCGGAUUUGUUUUCUUCUCUAUUCGGCAGACAAACCAAAUUCAGCCAAAAUGAUUCCGAAUGGGUACCUGAUCUUUGAGGAUGAGAGUUUCCUGGAUUCCACUGUGGCCAAAAUGAAUGCCCUGAGAAAGAGUGGUCAGUUCUGCGACGUUAGAUUGCAGGUAUGUGGCCAUGAGUUGAUGGCCCAUCGUGCUGUGCUGGCUUGCUGCAGUCCAUACCUGUUUGAGAUCUUCAACAGUGACAUUGAACCUCAUGGGGUGUCUCAUGUCACUUUUGAGGACUUGGACCCGGAGGCUGUGGAGAUCCUGCUCAACUACGCCUACACUGCCCAGCUUAAGGCAGAUAAGGAACUGGUCAAGGACGUUUACUCCGCUGCCAAAAGGUUCAAGAUGGAGAGAGUCAAGCAGAUUUGUGGCGACUACCUGCUGUCUAAGAUGGAUUCCCAGAAUGUCAUUUCUUUCCGGAACUUUGCCAGCUCAAUGGGAGAUGCCAGAGUUUUGGCCAAAGUGGAUGCCUACAUUCAAGACCAUCUCCUUGAGGUGUCUGAACAGGAUGACUUCCUCAAACUUCCCCGCCUCAAGUUAGAAGUCAUGAUCGAAGACAACCUGACUCUACCCAGCAAUGGCAAGCUUUACUCAAAGGUGCUAAACUGGGUGCAGCGUAGCCUCUGGGAGAACGGAGAGCAACUGGAACAACUCAUGGAGGAGGUGCAAAUGCUGUACUACUCACCUGACCACAAGCUGGUGGAUGGAGGGCUGAUGAUUGAGGGGCAAACUGAGGUGUUUGGUGGCGAGGAGGACCACCUCCAGUUUGUGCAGAAGAAGCCGGUACGAGAAAGCACCCAGAGACCGAUGAGCUGCAGUUCCUCGGGAAGCCUUUCACCCGCCAACCAAGCAGCAAAUGCCCCCAAACAAACUACCAGGAGAGAGUGGAAGUAUAUCGCCUCUGAGAAGACUACGAACAACACCUACCUGUGUCUGGCUGUGCUGGACAGUGUGUUGUGCGUGAUCUUCUUGCACGGCCGCAGCAGCCCCCAGGCCUCUCCCUCUGCCACCCCCUGCCUGCUGAAGAGCCUCAGCUUUGAGGCCCAGCCCGAGGAACUGGAAGAACACCAGCUGUCCCCAAUGCGUUAUGCUCGCUCUGGCCUGGGCACAGCAGCCAUCAACUCUAGGCUCAUCGCAGCAGGCGGCUACAAUCGAGAGGAAUGUCUGAGGACUGUCGAGUGUUACGACCCCAAAGAGGACCGCUGGACCUUCAUUGCGCCCAUGCGAACUCCAAGGGCUCGUUUCCAAAUGGCUGUGCUAAUGGGACAGCUCUACGUUAUCGGAGGUUCAAAUGGACAUUCUGAUGAGUUGAGCUGUGGGGAGAUGUACGAUCCAGUCAGUGACGAGUGGGCACAGGUUCCCGAGCUCAGGACCAACCGCUGCAACGCAGGCGUCUGUUCCUUAAACAACCAACUCUAUGUUGUGGGAGGGUCAGACCCCUGUGGGCAGAAAGGACUGAAGAAUUGUGACGCCUUUGAUCCAGUCACCAAAACCUGGUCUAGUUGCGCUCCCCUCAACAUCAGACGGCACCAGGCCGCAGUGUGCGAGUUGGAUGGUUUUAUGUAUGUGAUCGGAGGGGCUGAGUCCUGGAACUGCCUGAACACAGUGGAACGCUACAACCCUGAGAACAACACCUGGAACCUGAUAGCACCCAUGAAUGUGGCCCGCAGGGGGGCCGGCGUGGCCGUCUGUGCCGGCAAACUCUUUGUUGUCGGCGGCUUCGACGGCUCCCACGCACUCCGCUGCGUCGAGGUCUACGACCCGGCUCGAAAUGAGUGGAGGAUGCUGGGCAGCAUGACCACAUCCCGCAGCAACGCGGGCGUGGUCAUGCUGUGUGACAGCAUCUACGCCGUGGGCGGUUUUGACGGCAACGACUUCUUGAACACAAUGGAGGUCUACAACCCAGAAGCGGAUGAGUGGAGCGACUGCAUCAAGCCCCUCUUUCCAUUGUCUGAGUGACGCUGCACUGCACCCCUUUCCAAACUAACAGGCUUAGUGACAUAAUCGUGUUUCGUGAUAUCCUGUAUGUAUGUAUGUGUGUGUGUGUGUGUGUAUGUGUGUGUGUGUGUAUGUGUAUAUAUAUAUAUAUAUAUAUAUAUAUAUAUAUAUAUAUAUAUAUAUAUAUAUAUAUAUAUAUACACAUACACACACACACACAUACAUACAUACAAGUGUGUGUGAGAGAGGGAGAGAUAGAUGAGUGGAGGUUGGGGUGGGUUGGAGGAUUCCGAAUGAGGGGUCUUCAGUGAAGACUGGCUUUUAUUAGGGUGGGACAAGGUGGGGUGGGGCUUGUUGCCCAAAGCAACACAAAUAUUGCGUACAUUGUUUUACGUGCUGUACAUAUUGUUUGUCAUAUGCCAACAAUUAACACAUAGUGCUUUUUUUUCUCUAUAUUUGACUGAGGGUUUUCACAUGAGUCAACUACUGGUCACUUGGAGUGUGUGAUGAUGAGCAUUGAAGUUUUGUGAUGGGGAUGUCAUUUUACUCACAUACUUAAAGGUGGAUGAUUAAGUCUGAUUUAACACUUAUCAAGGAUUGAACCACCACCCCCUUCCCCCAUUUUAACCAAUCUGGUUUGUGUUUGAAAUCUUAAAUAACGACCUUUUUAUAUUUUUAUAUACUGUGGGUUUCUCAAAAAUUGAUCUUAGCAGAUGGCUUAAAUCAGUGGUAGGCAACUCCGGUCGGGGUUUCCAGCACAACUGACUCAGAUGAUCAGGAUUAUUUUCAAGCUUCUGCAAAGCUUGCUGAUGGGCUGAUCAUUUGAAUUUGGUGUGUUAGGGGAAAGACAAACCUCAUUAAAAAAAAAAAAAAAAGCGGCACUCGAGGACCAGAAUUGACUACUCCCGCCUUAAGUCACGACCAGUGCCAGUUUGAAUUCUUUUUCUGUGCUCGCGUCACAUGCACAGCCAAGGUUCUGCUUACCAAGUUUUUGCUAUUUAACUCGAGAUGUGGAUGCAGUUACUGAAAAUGUUUGCUUUGGCGUUUGUGCCAAGCAAUGACAAUGAAGACAGUUCUCACAUUUGUAAUAUUUCUUAAUAAAUCAUUUCAAUUGAA